AUGUCUCGCCCACGCCGCUCCGCGGCCAACAAGGCCAAGGAGACCAUUUCCGUCCACGCGGCAUGGGCUGAUGACAGCGACAGAGGAACGAUGUCUUCAUCACGCAGGUCUAACCGCGCCGCCACCCGCGACGGCGUCGACUCAGCCGAUGACUCGCAUCAAGAGGUGGCCACCAACCGCCGUCAAGCCACCAGGGGCACCGCCGCAACUGGAGAUUCCGUUCGGGUCCGACAGGGUCAGAGGGACCGCGGCGGGAAAAAAAAGUAUGUCGUUGACUCGAGCCCCGACGAUGAUGAUGAGGAGGAAGAGGAGGAGGCCCAGCUGGACGAGGAGGAGGACGAGGACGACGAAGACGCCGAGGGCGAAUCGGACGGCAUGGAUGUCGACGCCGAGGGUGAGCCUGACCAGGAUGCCGAGGGCGAUGACGACGUCGACAUGUCGCAAGCUCCCCCGGCGACGGGCACCACCAUCAGGAUCUCAAGUUCCGCCACCAAGGCCAAGCCCAAGUCACGCGCUGCAGCGUCGAGGGUCGUGGUCGACGAGGAUGACGAGGAUGGGGACGAUGACGACGACGACGACGACGACGACGACGACGAGCUGAGUGAACCGGCCGACAGUGAGGCUGGUGACGAGACGAUGCUCGGCGAUGGCGUUGACGCCGAGGGUGAGGAUGAGGAUGCCGAAGGUGAAGAGGUCGAGGUCGACCAGAAGAUGGGUAGCGACGAAGAGGAGGAAGAGGAGGAGCCUGAUCUCACCAAGAUGACGAAGCGUCAACGGGCUCGGUUCGACGAGACGAGCCAGGAAGGCUUUUUGAAGCUGUCGGAUGGUGGGUGCUCGUGUCCCGUCUCCUGUGUCUUGUUCCAGAUAUACCGGGUGCGGGUGUACCAUUAUUGGUGCAUUCUGCAUUCUUGGGUCCAAGCGAAAAAGGUCUUUACAGCCGAGGAGCUAUCUAUGCGUCGCCAGGAAAUGGCCAGGAGGAGGAGGAACCUGAGCGAGAAGCGAACAGAAGAAGUCAAGAUGGAAACCAUCAACAAACUCCUCAAGAAACAAGCGCCCAAGGUCAACAAGAAGGCAGCGGCAGCGGCAGCAGCAGCAGGGGAUGGGUCGGCAGAAGACGAUGCCAACGGUGUCAAUAGCAUUUAUAUCCGGUGGACCACCAACAAGGACGGCAGCAGGAUGGGAGUGUCUAAGGAUAUGGUUAGUGGGCCAGUGGGGAAGAUGAUGGGAAUGGUUGAAGAGGUGGCUUGA